AUGGCGUCAACAUCUCAACCCCCUCUUCGGUUCACUUCCCACAAGAACUUCGUGUACCGUCUCGUCUUCGCUUCGUUGACCGGCCGCACGAUUCAAAUUUCCCAGAUCCGUCCUUCGUCGCCUACGAAUCCCGGUCUCGCUCCUCAUGAGAUCUCCUUCCUCCGUCUCCUGGAGUCCAUUACCAAUGGCUCCCAGAUGGAGAUCUCGUACACCGGUACUAUCCUUGUUUAUAAGCCCGGUCUCAUUACAGGCAGUUCGCCAGGCGUGGCCACGAGCAGCGGAGGUGUCGUCAGGCACGAGCUCCCUGCAGGGUGCAAUCGUGGUGUGAGUUACUAUCUGCUGCCACUCUGCCUUCUGGCACCCUUCUCCAAGGCGCCCAUCAAGGUCCUUUUUACUGGUCCAGGUGUGAUCACCUCGUCCACCCCGACUGGUGACAUGUCCGUGGACAGUGUGCGGACUGCCAUUCUCCCUCUCUACAACCAAUUUGGAAUUUUCAACAACAUCGAGCUGCGUAUCCUACGGCGAUCGAACCCUGGACCCAAUGGCAGAGGCGGCGGUGGAGAAGUUCAGCUAGUAUUUGGCCACCAGCUCCGGCUGCCGAAGACCCUGCACCUCAUGAACGCCGGUCGCAUCAAGAAGGUCCGCGGUGUGGCCUACUCUGUCGGUGUUUCCGCAUCCAAUAACGCAAGAAUGAUCGAAACUGCCCGUGGUGUUCUGAACCCACUCGUCCCUGACACCUAUAUCUUCUCUGAUGUGUCGUCGGCGCCGCUCGUGCCUGCCCCCGAGAAGAGCAACCCCUCCGCGAAAAAGAAGAUUGGUCUUGGUUUCGGACUCUCGUUGGUCGCUGAGUCGUCUACUGGCUGCCUGUUCUCCGCCGAUGUGGCGUCGCCUCCCGCAGGCGGCGAGGCGCCUGAAGACAUUGGGAAGCGAUGUGCUUACCAGCUACUCGAGGCCGUUUCGAAGGGAGGUUGCGUUGCCCCUGCAGCUGUUCCGACCAUGCUAGGUCUGAUGACGAUGGGAUCGGAGGAUGUUGGACGAAUCCAGGUUGGUCGGGACGUGAUCGCCGAGGAGAGCACCAUCCAGCUGGCCAGGGACCUGACCAAGUUCGGUGCUCCGGGUUGGGGUCUGAGAGACGCGAGUGGUGAGAAUGAGAAUGGGGACGUGAUCAUCAGUGUGGUUGGCCGCGGCAUUGGCAACGUUGGCCGUAAGGUUGCUUGA